AUUAAUUGUUAUGUUGCUUAUAGCAGCUUUAUUACUUUUAGGAACAGCCAAGCAUUUUACAGUGGAGCUUAAAAGUCGACAUACUUAAGAACAUUUAAUUGAUAUAGUAAAUUUGUUGUAACAUUCCCAUGCUCAAUUAUUAGAAGAAAAUGAUUAUCAGAAGAUUGGUAAGAGUGUUGAGGGGGCACUUUAAUUUGAAACAGUCAUGUUGGAGAAGAAUAUUUAAAAAAAGAAUUUAAAACAUUAGAAUCAUCAAAAUAAAAAAUAAGAACAUCAUCACAAGAAAAAGAAAAAUACAAAUAUGGUUGUGAAUGAAUCAUUAAUGGAUGUGAUACCUUUGACAUCUGAAGAGAAGGGUAUAUUUGAAGAAUCUGGUUCUUUAUCUCCAGUUGAUUUACAUAUAGAGAAAUAAAUGGAACAUCAAAGUUAAAAGUUAUUGACAACAGAUAGAAAUUAAGAUGGUUCAUAUAUUGCAGAUGUACCUUUGACAAAUAUAGCAAAUACUAUGUUUAUAGGUGAAUUAUAGGUAGGAAGUGCUUAAGGAAAGAAUGCUUUCGAUGUUAUUUUUGAUACAGGUUCAGCUUUAACAUGUGUAGCUUCAGAAUAAUGUAAAGAUAUUGGAUGUUAAAAGAGUAAACGUUAUAAUAGAGCAGAAAGUCAAUCUUUUAAUGAGAUUGGUAAAUCAGUUGAGAUAGUAUUUGGUAGUGGAACUUUGAAAGGAUUGAUAAACAGAGAGAGAAUUAGAGUAGAUGGUUUAGAUUUGAAAGAUGCUCUGUUUAUAGAAGUAACAUAGUAGAUUGGAGAUGCAUUUCAUGAGGGUGAAUUUGAUGGUAUAGUAGGAUUAGGAUAUCCUCAUAUGACAGGAGUACCUACUUUAUUUGAUUAUAUGAUAUAAUAGCAUAAAUUACAUUCAAAUGUGUUUACAUUCCAUUUGAAUAGAGCUACUGGUAAUUCAGGAUCAUAAUUAAUAUUUGGUGGUAGUGAUGAUUCACAAAUAAAAGGAGAAUGGGUUUAUCAUCAUGUUCAUGAAUAAUUUUAUUGGUCAAUAAUGGCAGAAUAGAUAAGAGUUGGUAAUAAGGAUACUGGAAUAUGUACACAUUAACAUAAAUGUAAAAUGGUCGUGGAUACAGGAACCACUCUGUUAACAGGACCAACAAAGGAUGUGAGAUAAUUAUUAUCAAUGAUAAGAGUUGAACCAAAAUGUUAAAAUUAUCCAGCAAUGCCAGAUAUCACAUUUGUUAUUGAUGGACAUGAUUACAUUUUAUAACCUAAAGAUUACAUUUUGACAAUAACAUGUAAAAUAUUAAUAAAGAUGAUUAGAAUCUGGAGUAGAGGCUCCCUAUUAACAUUCACCAAUGGAUUAGAUUGUUGGUUGUGCUGGAACGAUUUUCCCUUUGGAUUUACCUCCAAAAUAGUAUAGAUUUAAUAUUAAUUAUAUAGAGGACCAUUAUGGAUUUUAGGUGAUGUAUUUAUUACAAAGUAUUCUGCUAAAUUUGAUAGAGAUAAAAAUAGAGUGGGUUUAGCAUUAAAUAAGAAUCAUGAAUGAAAUUCAUAAAAACAUAUCGAAUAAUAUA